AUGUGCACAUUCAUUACACAAUAUGGCUACUACUUGAGGUGUUUGAAAGCAGGCCAACAACAAAAUUAUGUCGACUACGAAUAUCAACCUCAACCGGUUUCGAGACAACCUACACAAUCUGCUGGACUUAGUAGAGCAGCAGCAGCUGCUGCUGCCAAACCGACUCCAGUCCCAAUAAUCAAACAAAUCAACAGACACAACGACGAUGGUUCCUACACUUACGGAUACGAAGGAGCCGAUGGUUCGUUUAAAAUAGAAACCAAAUUACCGACUGGAGAAGUUUCCGGUAAAUACGGUUACGUUGACGAUACGGGAAAAUUGAGAGUCGUCGAUUACGGAGCAAACAGAUACGGAUUUCAACCGGCUGGAGAAGGUAUCACCGUCGCUCCACCGACCCUCGUCGAUGAAACUACCGACAAAACUAAAGAAAAUAGUUUCGCCGAUUACGACGAAGACGUUAUUUUUGCCGGCCCAUCCCAGCAAGCCGUUCCACGACCUGUAGCCAGACAACCGAAACGUCCAAGACCGGCUCCAAGACCUGUUCAAUAUGCCGAACCUCAACCUCAGCCACAACCACAAUAUGUUUCUUACGAAGCUGCUGCUGCCGCCGCUGCUGCUGCUGCUAGGGGUGGUGUUCCAGUUCCGACAGCUAUUCCAGUUCAACACCUUCAAGCUUUCCAACAAGCCGCACCUCAAUAUUCACAACCUCAACCUCAACCACAACCUCAACAAACACAUCAACAAAUACCCCCACAAUAUUUUUCUUUUGAACAACCCAGAAGUUUAUCUCCGAGUCCAAGAUUAGCUCCAGCUCCAGUUCAAGCUCCGGUACAUGCUCCAAUUCAUGCUCCCGUACACGUUCCAGUACACGCACCCGUUCACGCACCCGUCCACGUUCCAGUUCAUUCUCAUGCCUCCGCUCCGACUCAUUCUCAACCCUCUUUCUCAGCCAGAGCAGUAGUACCAACUUCUCUUUCUUCCGAAACUUUAUUCAGACCUCAAGCACUUCCUGCUCAAGUUCAAGCUCCAUCCAGACCGGCUCCCGUCCGGGAACAUCAUUCCAGAGCCGCAGGCGCAUCGGGUAGCGUAUUAGAUUCUCUUCUUCAACAAUACGCUCUUCCACAAGGAGUAGGACAACCACUUCACGAUAUUUCUUUCGGUUCUUAUUCAAGUCAAACAAAUUAUUAA